UUUAAAGACACAUUCCUAUGUUUUCCUCUGCUGUCUGCUGCUUCUGUGACUGUGCAUUCAUGUUUUUCUGACAAUUUGCAAUAAAAUGGGUAAUCUUAUGUGCAUUCGUGUUUUUCUGUAUCCACACGUAGUUUGGAAAAGACCCGAAUGAGCAUUUUUGGGUGUGUUUGAUGGCCAUGGGGAUUAUGGAAGAGAGUGCUCGCAGUUUGUGAAGAGAUAACUAUGCAAGAACCUGUUCAGGGAUCCAGAAUUUAGAACAGAAGUAGUUCGAGCGUACCAUUCUGCUUUUGCAUUUACAAAUGCUCAGUUACAUGAGCGCGAAAUAAGUGAUUCGAUGAGUGGAACGAUAACAAUAACAGUGCUUGUGAGAGGGAACACACUCUAUUUUGCUAAUGUGGGGGGUUUCUAGGGUUGUAAUUGCGGAGAGGAGAGGGAAUGAGAUAGUUGAGGUGGACAUUUCUAGUGAUCACACUCCUUUUAGAGUAGAUGAGUUUGCUCGUGUGAAGAGCUGUGGGGCAAGGGUUAUGUCUCUUUACCAGAUUGAAGUUACCCUCAUACAGUGGAUAGCUGUUUCCCUGACUCAUGGAUUCUUUGUUAUUGCAAAUGACGGAGUGUUUGAAUUUCUCUGCAAUAAGUCAGUUUUAGAUAUGGUAACUUAUUUGCUUUAUUAUAUUUUCUACAUUUUCUUUUAUGAAUAUUAG